UCAGCAUGCAAUGCAAACAAAUCUUUAAUCCCCUUCCCAUCUCUGUCCCAUUGCCACUUUCAAUUCCAAACGUUUCGUUUCUCUUCUUCGUUUCUCUUCAUCACAAUCACGCAACAUGCUCAGAAGCCGGCUAUGGCAGAAGAGGGCUUUGAUCUCUUCCAGAACCUUCUUUUCAGGCUCCGCUUCUUCUCAUUGUUCAUCAUCUUCUUCCCCUACGCUCCCUUCUCGCUUCGUCAAACCUAAUGCUCCUUCUUCACAUAUAUCUUUCAAUUUUCCACGUGUGAACAGGUGUUUGUUCUGCACUCAACCCGCCCUAGACCUUCCCGCCAGCAAUCUAGUGGACGUGCCGUUGGCGCAAACCGGCGAAGGUAUUGCAGAAUGUGAGCUUCUCAAAUGGUAUGUCCAGGAGGGGGAUUAUGUUGAAGACUUUCAACCGCUCUGCGAAGUUCAAAGUGAUAAAGCUACUAUUGAAAUUACGAGUCGCUACAAAGGAAAAGUUUCCAAUAUUCUCUGCGGUCCUGGUGAUAUCGUGAAGAUUUCCACGCCGCCUAGAAGCAAACAAGGUGUGAGAGAAUUGGAAGGAAGUGAGCCCAUGAACUGGGUGGAAAGGAAAAAAAGAACAGUGCCCUAUAUUUUUUUCCUGGAGAGUUUGGAGUGAGAUUGUCGGUGAGAGAAAGAGAAUCUAGAUAGAGAGAUUAACAGAAGGCGUGCAUGGAAGAAAUAGAAGCGUUGUUUUUUACAAUGUAGGAGGCACUUGUGGAUGGAUCUUCUAGAUUCAUGCAAUAACACAUCCAGAGAUA